AUUUUUCUUUUCAAGUGAAAGCUCUGACUCAGGCCUUUGCCUGUCCCCAACAGCAACAUCCUUGCUUAGUCCUGAACCACAGAAGCUGCUCAGGGGCUAUCGAUGGCCUCCCCGUGGCCAACCUGAGCCUGCUGUGCAGCUUCAGGUCCUACUUGGAAGGCCUGUGGGCUCCAGGGCCGGCGGCGGCGGCUGCCCCGAGGGACGCGGCCCUAGGCGGUGGCGAUGGGGGCCACCCGGAUCGCACCCGGCCUGGCGCUCCUGCUCUGUUGCCCCGUGCUCAGCUCCGCAUACGCGCUGGUGGAUGCAGAUGAUGUCAUGACCAAAGAGGAACAGAUCCUACUGCUGCACCGUGCCCAGGCCCAGUGUGAGAAGCGGCUCAAGGAAGUCCUGUGGAGGCCAGCUGACAUAAUGGAAUCGGACAAGGGAUGGACAUCUGCAUCCACAUCAGGGAAGCCCAGGAAAGAGAAGGCAUCUGGGAAGCUCUACCCUGAGGACAAGGAGGCGCCCACUGGCAGCAGGCACCGAGGGCGCCCCUGCCUGCCUGAAUGGGACCACAUCCUAUGCUGGCCGCUGGGGGCACCAGGUGAGGUAGUAGCUGUGCCCUGUCCCGACUACAUUUAUGACUUCAAUCACAAAGGUCAUGCCUAUCGACGCUGUGACCAAAAUGGCAGCUGGGAACUGGUGCCAGGGCACAACCGGACAUGGGCCAACUACAGCGAGUGUGUCAAAUUCCUGACCAAUGAGACACGUGAACGGGAGGUGUUUGACCGCCUGGGCAUGAUCUACACCGUGGGCUACUCCGUGUCGCUGGCCUCCCUCACCGUGGCUGUCCUCGUCCUGGCCUACUUCAGGCGGCUGCACUGCACACGCAACUACAUCCACAUGCACCUGUUCCUGUCCUUCAUGCUGCGCGCUGUGAGCAUCUUCGUCAAGGACGCGGUGCUCUACUCCGGCGCCACGCUCGAUGAGGCCGAGCGCCUCACGGAGGAGGAGCUGCGCGCCAUCGCCCAGGCGCCCCCGCCGCCCGUCGCCGCCGCCGGCUACGCGGGCUGCCGGGUAGCAGUGACCUUCUUCCUUUACUUCCUGGCCACCAACUACUACUGGAUACUGGUGGAGGGGCUGUACCUGCACAGCCUCAUCUUCAUGGCCUUCUUCUCAGAGAAGAAGUACCUGUGGGGCUUCACGGUCUUCGGCUGGGGUUUGCCUGCUGUCUUCGUGGCCGUAUGGGUCGGUGUCAGGGCUACCCUGGCCAACACGGGGUGCUGGGACUUGAGCUCUGGGAACAAGAAGUGGAUCAUCCAGGUGCCCAUCCUGGCCUCCAUUGUGCUCAACUUCAUCCUCUUCAGCAACAUCGUCCGAGUGCUGGCCACCAAGCUGCGGGAGACCAACGCCGGCCGGUGUGACACGCGGCAGCAGUACCGGAAGCUGCUGAAAUCCACGCUGGUGCUCAUGCCGCUCUUUGGCGUCCACUACAUCGUCUUCAUGGCCACGCCGUACACCGAGGUCUCAGGGACGCUCUGGCAAGUCCAGAUGCACUAUGAGAUGCUCUUCAACUCCUUCCAGGGCUUUUUUGUCGCCAUCAUAUACUGUUUCUGCAAUGGCGAGAAAAUCCCUGAGGACAUUCUGAAGGCAGAGAGAAGUCUUUCCAGAUGAUUCAAGCUCAGGAUGUGCUCGGAUUUGGGGGCUCUUCAAUCUCUGGCAUAGCCAAGGGUCUUCCCGGCCCUACAGUGGAAUUCUCUGUAACCCCGGUUGGAGGACUCAGCUCCUUUUGGGGCCAUUCAAGCCUUAUAGAUUCUGGGUGUGCCAAUUGCCUGCAGCCAGGCACCAUGUUCUGAGGAUGGUGGGAUUUCACUUGGCCUUGGAAUUUUCUAGUAGCCCCCUACUCCUCUGUUUUCAUUUAGUGCUGGGUGUUUUGGGGGCAAGGAUGGUGGCACUGUUGGGGUUGUGGGCACACCUAACCACCCACCCUCCUACCGCCCCCAGGUACAGGCCGAGAUUAAGAAAUCUUGGAGUCGCUGGACACUGGCACUGGACUUCAAGCGCAAGGCACGCAGUGGGAGCAGCAGCUACAGCUACGGCCCGAUGGUGUCUCACACAAGUGUGACCAAUGUAGGCCCCCGUGCAGGACUCGGCCUGCCCCUCAGCCCUCGCCUGCUACCUGCUGCCACCACCAACGGCCACCCCCAGCUGCCUGGCCAUUCCAAGCCGGGGGCCCCAGCCAUGGAGACCCUCAAGACCACACCCCCUGCCAUGGCUGCUCCCAAGGAUGAUGGGUUCCUCAACGGCUCCUGCUCAGGCCUGGAUGAGGAGGCCUCUGGGCCUGAGCGGCCACCUGCCCUGCUACAGGAAGAGUGGGAGACGGUCAUGUGACCAGGCACUGGGGGUUGGACCUGUGACAUGGGUGGAUGGACAGAUGAACCAAGUGACAGAUGGUUGGAUGGUUGCCCACUCAGGGCUGGGGCUGGGAGGAAAAACAGGGAAAAAAAGAAAAGAGAAAAAAAAAAGAAAAAGGAAGAGGAA